CCCAGGGCGUCCAGGUGGUCUCCGCGGAAGGGCCUGUUUCUCCAGUUUCCUCGGGGCUCGGCGGUCGGCGGCCGGCGGGGAGGCUCCAUCCCGAGAACAACGAGGCUGUGAUUGUUUGGGAACCAGGCCCGCUCGGCGGCCUCAGUCCGGGCGUCCCACCUCUGCACAACCCGUCGGGCGCCGGGGCUCGGGCAGCACGCGGAGAUGAGGAGCAGGAGCAAUUCCGGAGUCCGCUUGGAUGGCUACGCGCGGCUGGUACAGCAAACCAUCCUGUGCUACCAGAAUCCGGUCACAGGGCUGCUGUCAGCCAGUCACGAACAGAAGGACGCCUGGGUGCGGGAUAACAUCUACAGCAUUCUGGCCGUGUGGGGCCUGGGCAUGGCCUACCGCAAGAAUGCCGACCGCGACGAGGACAAGGCCAAAGCCUACGAGCUGGAGCAGAACGUGGUGAAACUGAUGCGGGGUCUUCUCCAGUGCAUGAUGAGACAGGUACAUAAAGUGGAGAAGUUCAAGCACACUCAGAGUACCAAGGACAGCCUGCACGCCAAGUACAACACCGCCACCUGCAGCACCGUGGUGGGUGACGACCAGUGGGGCCACCUCCAGGUGGAUGCCACCUCCCUCUUCCUCCUGUUCCUGGCCCAGAUGACGGCCUCCGGUUUACGUAUUAUUUUCACCCUUGACGAGGUGGCCUUCGUACAGAAUCUUGUUUUUUACAUAGAAGCUGCAUAUAAAGUCGCUGAUUAUGGAAUGUGGGAGCGCGGAGAUAAGACUAAUCAGGGCAUUCCGGAAUUGAACGCAAGCUCUGUAGGAAUGGCCAAGGCAGCCCUUGAGGCAAUUGACGAACUGGACCUCUUUGGAGCCCAUGGAGGACGCAAGUCAGUGAUCCACGUGCUGCCUGAUGAUGUCGAACACUGCCAGUCUAUUCUGUUCUCCAUGCUGCCAAGAGCAUCAACGUCUAAGGAGAUUGACGCUGGACUUCUUUCCAUUAUCUCUUUCCCGGCCUUUGCAGUGGAAGAUAUGAACCUUGUGAAUGUGACCAAAAAUGAAAUUAUUUCCAAGCUCCAGGGGCGUUAUGGAUGCUGUCGCUUCCUUCGAGACGGUUAUAAAACCCCAAGAGAGGACCCAAACCGAUUGCAUUAUGACCCUGCUGAACUCAAGCUCUUUGAAAACAUUGAAUGUGAAUGGCCUGUGUUCUGGACAUAUUUCAUAAUAGAUGGGGUCUUCAACGGUGACGCCGUUCAGGUCCAAGAGUACCGAGAGGCCCUGGAGGGAAUAUUAAUCAGAGGCAAGAACGGGAUCCACCUGGUGCCAGAACUGUAUGCCAUCCCACCUAACAAGGUAGAUGAAGAGUAUAAGAACCCCCACACGGUGGACAGAGUUCCUCUGGGGAAGCUGCCCCAUCUGUGGGGUCAGUCCUUGUACAUCCUCAGCUCGCUGUUGGCAGAGGGAUUCCUUGCCACUGGGGAAAUUGAUCCCUUAAAUAGAAGAUUUUCCACUUCCGUCAAACCUGAUGUCGUAGUGCAAGUCACCGUUCUGGCAGAAAACAACCACAUUAAGGACUUGUUGAGGAAACAUGGGGUAAACGUCCAGAGCAUUGCUGACAUUCAUCCAAUCCGAGUCCAGCCAGGCCGGAUUCUUAGUCACAUAUAUGCCAAGCUUGGACGGAAUAAGAAUAUGAAAUUGAGUGGGCGGCCAUAUCGGCACAUUGGCGUCCUUGGAACAUCUAAGCUAUAUGUGAUUAGGAACCAGAUCUUUACUUUUACACCCCAGUUUACCGACCAACAUCAUUUCUACCUGGCCCUGGACAAUGAGAUGAUCGUGGAGAUGCUGAGGAUCGAACUGGCCUACCUGUGCACCUGCUGGCGGAUGACGGGCAGACCCACGCUCACCUUCCCCAUCACCCACACCAUGCUCACAAAUGAUGGUUCAGACAUUCAUUCUGCAGUUCUUUCUACAAUUAGAAAACUAGAGGAUGGAUAUUUUGGAGGAGCCAGAGUAAAAUUAGGGAGCCUUUCGGAAUUUCUUACCACGUCUUUCUACACAUAUCUGACCUUCCUGGAUCCAGACUGUGAUGAGAAGUUGUUUAAUGAUGACAGCGAAGGGAGCUUCAGUCCUGAUUCCGACUUGGGAGGAUAUUUGGAAGAUACCUAUAAUCAAGUUACAGAAAGCGAGGAUGAACUUGACCAGUAUAUCAACCACCUCCUCCAAAGCACCUCCUCCAAGUGCUAUCUGCCCCCUCUUUCUAAGAAGACAGAAGACAGCCAUGUUUUCAGUGCCAUCCACUCCACUCGGGAUAUACUUUCCGUGAUGGCAAAAGCAAAGGGUUUGGAAAUUCCAUUUGUUCCCAUGACUUUGCCAACUAAAGUUCUAAGUACCCACCGUAAAUCACUAAAUCUUGUUGAUUCUCCUCAGCCACUCCUAAACAAGGCCCCCGAAGACGACUUCCAGUGGCCCAGAGAUGACCAUGGUGAUGUGGACUGUGACAAGCUGGUUGAGCAGCUGAAAGAUUGUUCAAACCUACAGGACCAAGCAGACAUUCUGUACAUUCUGUAUGUAAUAAAGGGCCCCAGCUGGGACACAAAUCUCUCCGGACAGCACGGGGUCACCGUUCACAACCUCCUCAGCGAGCUCUAUGGGAAAGCUGGCUUGAACCAGGAGUGGGGUUUGAUUCGCUACAUCUCUGGCCUGCUCAGGAAGAAAGUGGAGGUCCUGGCAGAGGCCUGCACGGACCUGCUGUCGCACCAGAAGCAGCUCACAGUGGGCCUGCCACCAGAGCCCCGGGAGAAGACCAUCUCUGCGCCCCUGCCCCCCGAGGAGCUCACAAAGCUCAUCUACGAAGCCAGCGGGCAGGACAUCAGCAUCGCCGUCCUCACACAGGAGAUUGUGGUUUACCUGGCCAUGUACGUCAGGGCGCAGCCCAGCCUCUUCGUGGAGAUGCUCAGACUGCGGAUUGGACUGAUCAUUCAGGUGAUGGCCACGGAGCUGGCACGGAGCCUGAACUGCUCAGGAGAAGAAGCUUCUGAAAGUUUGAUGAACCUCAGCCCUUUUGACAUGAAAAACCUUCUGCACCAUAUUCUGAGUGGAAAAGAAUUUGGCGUUGAAAGAAGCGUGCGACCCAUCCAUUCCUCCACAUCCAGCCCUGCCAUCUCCAUCCAUGAGGUGGGACACACGGGAGUCACCAAAACCGAGAGGAGUGGCAUUAACAGGCUGAGGAGCGAGAUGAAACAGAUGACUAGGCGAUUUAGUGCUGAUGAACAGCUCUUUUCUGUGAGCCAGGCCGUGGCCAGCAGUGCACAUUCCUCCAAGUCUGCGGUAAACCACGCACCCCGCCUGUUGUCCUCACCGCCUCCUCGUGUUGUGGUGUCUGAAUGCUGUUGUUGCCCUUCUCGUGCACCUACCUCGUCCCUAACUCCCCAAGAUUUGAACAGAGAUCCAGCACCCCAUCCUCGCCCACUGGCACAUCAUCGUCAGACUCUGGCGGGCAUCACAUCGGCUGGGGGGAGCGGCAGGGCCAGUGGCUACGCAGGAGGAGGCUGGACGGAGCCAUCAACAGGGUCCCCGUGGGAUUCUACCAGAAGGUGUGGAAGAUCCUUCAGAAGCCCCCAUUGCCAUGGUCUGUCCAUCGACGGUUAUGUGCUCCCGUCCUCAACGACAAGAGAGAUGACCCCACAGGAGAUCAAGUUCGCCGUGCACGUUGAGUCGGUGCUGAACCGCGUGCCGCAGCCCGAGUACCGGCAGCUGCUGGUGGAGGCCAUCAUGGUGCUGACGCUGCUCUCAGACACGGAGAUGAACAGCAUCGGGGGCAUCAUCCACGUGGACCAGAUCGUGCAGAUGGCCAACCAGCUGUUCCUACAGGACCAGAUGUCAAUUGGAGCCACGGAUACCCUGGAGAAAGACCAAGUCACAGGCAUUUGCCACUUCUUUUACGACAGCGCUCCGAGCGGGGCUUAUGGGACAAUGACCUACCUGACAAAGGCAGUGGCUUCCCAUUUGCAGGAACUGCUGCCCAAUUCAGGCUGCCAGAUGCAAUAGGGCCUCAGUGCUCUGAGUCUGUCCCUCGCUCCCUAGCCUCGUCGGGAACAUCCUGUUCUCCAAGAUCCCCGGUGUGGUCACAAAAGCACGUCCCGUCAGAAACCCUGGAAGCCACCGACCUAAAACCAGUGUGUGUCUAAGCCGCAGAGCCGACGGAUCGUGUGUCCCCACAGGGAGCACCAUGGGGUCGCUGUCUAGGUUCGCUUCCCUGUGACGUUUGCCAGAACAGACUCCAAGAGACCAGAUGAGGAGGAAUUAGAAACUGGUCUCUUUUGAGUGCAGUGUGAACGGAGAGGCCAGCUUAAAUUGGCUUUCACCGGGAGUUCCCGAAAGCAGUCAGGUGGUCAGAUAUGAUGGGAAGAUCUUUGAGCAGCGGGCGUCUGACGAGCGGACCUUGACAAGGGGGACAUCUUAACAGGAUGUGGCCUGUGGACCAAACUGUUUACCAAAUACAACAACUCUUUCUGUGCAA